CAGUGGAGAAGAGAAGAGAGAGCAGUGGAGAGGAGAAGAGAAAACAGUGGAGAGGAGAAGAGAAAACAGUGGAGAGGAGAAGAGAAAACAGUGGAGAGGAGAAGAGAGAGCAGUGGAGAAGAGAAGAGAAAGCAGUGGAGAGGAGAAGAGAGAGCAAUGGAGAGGAGAGGAUAGAGCAGUGGAGAGGAUAGAGCAGUGGAGAGGAGAGGAUAGAGCAGUGGAGAGGAGAGGAUAGAGCAGUGGAGAGGAGAAGAGAAAACAGUGGAGAAGAGAAGAGAGAGCAGUGGAGAGGAGAAGAGAGAGCAGUGGAGAGGAGAAGAGAGAGCAGUGGAGAGGAGAAGAGAAAACAGUGGAGAAGAGAAGAGAGAGCAGUGGAGAAGAGAAGAGAAAACAGUGGAGAGGAGAAGAGAAAACAGUGGAGAGGAGAAGAGAGAGCAGUGGAGAGGAGAAGAGAGAGCAGUGGAGAGGAGAAGAGAAAACAGUGGAGAGGAGAAGAGAAAACAGUGGAGAGGAGAAGAGAAAACAGUGGAGAGGAGAAGAGAGAGCAAUGGAGAGGAGAGGAUAGAGCAGCGGAGAGGAGAGGAUAGAGCAGUGGGGAGGAGAAAAGAGAGCAGUGAGGAGGAGAAGAGCCUUAAGCUUCUGAUGGAACACAUGAAGAUUCUAAAAAUGGAACAGACUGAAAUGUUGAAAUGUUGACCCAUUCCAGAAGACACAUGCAACCAUUAUCUAUUAACCAUAAAUAUUUUCCUCAUUGUUCCACACACACACACACACACACAUCAAUGUUUAUUGGUUACAUACACAGUUUAGCAGAUGUUAAAACAUGUGCAGCCAAAUGCUUGUGUUACUAUCUCCACACACACACCAUCCUCUCAGGUCUUGGGGUCAGUUCUGCUGUGGUGGGUGCAAAGCUGCAGUCUAUCUCUUUGACCAGUAGAUGUCCCUGCUCGACUGUAGAGGUUGAGGUCAUGUAUGGUUAUCAUUUAUUUCAGUGAAAUGCUUCAUUGCCCUCUAGCGAUCACUACUGGAAGACACUUAUCUCACCAAAUAGUGCAGCAGUGGUAUGCAUUGAUGUGUCUGUGACUAGUAGCGUCUCAGAGUAGGAGUCCUGAUCUAGGAUCAGGUCCCCUCUGUCAAUGCAAUUGUAUUUAUUGUGAUCUAACAGGCAACACUGAUCCUAGAUCACUCCUACUGAGACGCUUCAUGAAUACAAGCACUAUGAUCUAGCAUGGCAUCCCUCCUAUAGUAUCUCUCACUUCCCUAUUAAACCAUUCUUUCUCUGCAUCCGUCAAUUUCGCCAUCUCUCCUACGAUCACAGCAACUCUCUAGUUACUCUAGUUAUUAUAAACUGCUGACUAUGGUUUUCCUCUCCUAACUUUUACCCAGUCACACUCACCCUCUACUUACUGAAACAGUGUACUACUAAUAUUGUAUUACAACUAGUCCACCACUAACUACUCUUACUCCGAGUCUACUACUAACUAGUCCUAGUCUACCACGAACUACUCCUAGUAGGGACUAUGGGAAAUGCCUAGUGCCUAGGGAAGUGUUAAUUGCAUAGGGGCUGUUUCUGGAUAAGGGCCUACAUCUCCCCUCUGUAGACACAGUCAGUGUUCACCUACUUAGCACAGAAUCUCUGAGUUUAGUUUUUACACAGAGUCAUGAAUUGGAAGAGCAAUACAAUGGGGGGCAGAGAGAGGGAAAAACAUAUUCUGAGAAAGAGAUACUGUAUAAAUUAAAGAGGAUGUCAUUAAGUGAUUACGCAAGCUUCUUGACACAAGCCUAGUAGUUCUGUGGAAUCGGAGCCCGUCACAGACUGCCAGAGUUUUCCGAGAAUACGUAAAUAGAGAGAAAAAAAAACAAGAGAAUAGAGAGUUUGUAUGCAUGAGAGCAUGAGAGGACAGGAAAUAAUGUAGUAAAGGAAAGUGCAACUGGCUGACUAAGUUAAUCAGAAUAUGCAGUUAUAAAUACAAUAGCAACUUAUGUGAUGACUUAUAUCCCCACCAUUACACACAUACUUUGAUCUAGCAAAAUUAGGGCCUUAAGUGUUCAGCUCUUCAGGAGAAGUGUCUGCAUUCUAGGAGGGGGGGGGGGGACAUGUGUUUUACUUUGACUCAGGGUCUCAGCCCCACAAGUAGACACUAACACUACAAUUUAAUACAAACAAAACUAACCACAGGAAUGCUUUAAUAACAUAACAAACCUGAACUAAUAGUGUUACAUUAGUGUUGAUAUGAAUGUGUCCUCGUAAUAGGGUCGGUGUCAAUUCCAUUUAAAUUCCAGUCAGUUUGGCGUACUUUCUGAAUUGACUGGAACUGUGAAAUCUAACCAGGGCAGAUCCUAAUAGUGAAUUGUUGCUUUGAGAAUGACACUUGAAACCGCAACCCAGCCGAUUCCCAGGAAAGAAUUCUUCAAACAUUUAGCCUGACUAAGUCUCAUCCUGAGAGAGAAGACGUCAGGGAAGUCCAAUCGUUCCCUCAAACACUGACAAAUUGACAUCAUAGACACUGGACCUUGGACUUUCAAUUGCCAUGUGCAUUUCUUAUAGGACAUCAUGUUUAGGACAACCAGUGUGUGUGUGUCAAAAGCAGAAUACUAGAGUCACACAGCAAACCGCCACAGAUGCAGGCCAAAAAACAAUCAAAGAUUCCAUAUAAAUUCAGCUUUUAAAACUAUAGGCCAAAUACAAGCACCGUGGCAAACUAACACAGCAGUUGAUUCACUCACAGAGCGGUGGCCAAUGUUCGUUCGGCUCUACCUGAGCAGGGUUCAUUAGGCUCUAUACUACCUGCCCUGAGCCUGCCUGCUGUUCUGAACCUUGUCACACCACCCUGGAUUACUGACCUCUGCCUGCCCUGAGCCUGCAUGCUGUUCUGUACCUUGUCACACCACCCUGGAUUACUGACCUCUGCCUGCCCUGAGCCUGCAUGCUGUUCUGUACCUUGUCACACCACCCUGGAUUACUGACCUCUGCCUGCCCUGCCCUGAGCCUGCCUGCUGUUCUGUACCUUGUCACACCACCCUGGAUUACUGACCUCUGCCUGCCCUGCCCUGAGCCUGCAUGCUGUUCUGUACCUUGUCACACCACCCUGGAUUACUGACCUCUGCCUACCCUGAACCUGCAUGCUGUUCUGUACCUUUUGGACUCUGCUCUGGAUUACUGACCUCUGCCUGCCCUGAGCCUGCAUGCUGUUCUGUACCGUUUGGACUCUGCUCUGGAUUACUGACCUCUGCCUGCCCUGAGCCUGCAUGCUGUUCUGUACCGUUUGGACUCUGCUCUGGAUUACUGACCUCUGCCUGCCCUGAGCCUGCAUGCUGUUCUGUACCCUUUGGACUCUGCUCUGGAUUACUGACCUCUGCCUGCCCUGAGCCUGCAUGCUGUUCUGUACCGUUUGGACUCUGCUCUGGAUUACUGACCUCUGCCUGCCCUGCCCUGAGCCUGCAUGCUGUUCUGUACCUUUUGGACUCUGCUCUGGAUUACUGACCUCUGCCUGCCCUGAGCCUGCAUGCUGUUCUGUACCUUUUGGACUCUGCUCUGGAUUACUGACCUCUGCUUGCCCUGUUGUUUGCCUGCCACCCUGUUUUUGCAAUAAACUUUUGUUACGUUGAAAUAGUCUGCAUCUAGGUCUUCUCAUGAGCCUUGACAGUACGAACUGGCCAUGACAGACGUAGCAGACUCGGACCAGCUCCGCAAUGCCGUGUGAACGGACCAAGUACUUUGAGGUUGCUCUAAAGCGAAAAGGUGGAAUAAACGAGUCGGGAGCAGGUUUUCUUACAUUGAACAAAGUUCUCUAUUGAGGUAUUUCUUUCUUCCCAAACAAUCCCACACAAUCAAGGAUGGGAAAACACAAAUCUUCUUUACAGGAACAAGGAACACAAGGUGAGUAACUUUUAACUAUAACAUAAAUUACGGGUGUGUCACCGCCUUAAAUAUCCGUUUGAGGAGAGCUCCCUUUGGGUGGUGGUGCGGAUCCGUGGUUGCCAUUCCCAAGAGGUAGUUUGUCCUCUUCUCCCUUCCGUCCGGUAAGUCCUCUCCUUUGGAGAAGCAAUCAUUAUUUUUUUCUCCCUUCUCUCCCACUGCCGGUUCCCUCCUCUCUCUUGUAGGGGGAAGAGAAUAGGUAAUUUGUGCCGUCAGCUGUGCUUAAUUGCCUCUGAUCACCUUGACUCACAUGCCGGGCUGGGCUACAAUCCGUGGGACCAGCCUGCCCCCUGGUGGUCCUUCCACAGCCGUCUCCUUGCAAGGAGCCACCAUUGGAAGGCACGAGGAGUUGCUUCGUGGUCUUACGGAAGGGUUCCAGACCUUGAUCGAACGCUAUGACCAGGUGUUGAACACAUUGCUGGAGCAAUUCCGCGGGUUGUCUGUCAGGCAGCCUACCUACCACAACGGUAACCCGGUUUCCCGGAAACCCUGCUUACCUCCCCCGGAACGCUUCACUGGAGAGUUGGGAACCUGUCGGCGUUUCUCACGCACCGUUCUCUCAUCAUCGAGCUGCAGCCCUCCUCCUUCCCCUCGGUCUGCUCGAAGAUAGCGUACCUCAUCACGCUGAUGUCCGGGAGGGAUCUCACGUAGGCUACGGCCAUGUGGGAACAACAGUCAGCCGUAUGCUUCAGUCUGGAGGAGUUUGUGGUGCAGGUGAAGGUUUUUGAUUCUCCAUUGGCCGGGAGAGAGGCUGCCCGGAAGUUACUCCAGCUUCGGUAAGACUCCCACAGUGUGGCAGACUAUGCAGUGGAUUUCCGCCCGUUGGCAGCUCAGAGUGCCUGGAACCCGGAAUCGCUGUUCGACACGUUCCUGCACGGAUUAUCGGAGGAAGUGAAGGACGAGCUAGCAGCCCAGGAACUACCGAAGUAUCUUGACUCGCUCAUUGCCUUGACCAUCCGGAUCGAUGGGCGGCUACGGUAACGUAGGAAGGAGAGGAGGUCCAAUUCCACUCACCCGCCCAAGGAUUCCACCUCGCCUCCAAGGCAUCCCAGAAGUCCCUGAUGUCUCCGUGGCCAAGAGGACCCGAGGCUACCCGAGUUUCCCCAAGAGUCUCCGAAGUCUGCCAGUUCUCCUCUUCCCGAGCCGAUGCAACUAGGCAGAGCUAGGCUGUCCCCAGCUGAACGUCUACACCGGAUUCACACAAAGAGUUGCCUGUGUUGAGGGACUACUGGUAAUUUUGUGUCCUCCUGUCCACUAAAGACCAGGCUCACCGGUAGGGAUGAGUACUCUGGUGGGCCAUACAGAGAACAUUUCCUCUCCCCUUACUCGCACCCCUUUCCAUGCCAUCCUGCUGAUGUGGCCGAUGAGAGUUUUUUGGACCCUAGCCUGGCGUCCGAGCUGGGCAUCCCCACUCAGCCCCUCUCCAUUCCCAUGGACGUUAGAUCGCUGGACGGACGCUCUAUAGGUCGGGUCACCCACAAUACCACUCCCACCACCCUAUGAGUGUCAGGGAACCACAGCGAGGCUAUCUUAUUUAUGCUAAUUAAGUCUCCUCAGGUUCCAGUGGUAUAGGGAUUUUCUUGGCUCCAGCGACACAAUACCCUCAUAGAUUGGACUGCUGGUGCCAUCAUGGAUUGGAGCCCAUUCUGCCACACCCAUUGUCUGAAGUCAGCACAGCUGACGUUUUCUUGUGGCCUCAGAAGUUUCCCCGGAUCUCGCCACCAUUCCCGCGGAGUACCAGGAGGUUUCCAGGAGGUGUUCAGUGAGGCCCGGGCCACUUCACUUCCUCUGCACUGAUCCUAUGACUUCGUGAUUGACCUUGUCCCAGGCAUCACACCGCCCAGGGGACGACUGUACUCUCUGUCGUGUCCGGAGACCAAGGCUAUGGAGACCUACAUUGAGGACUCCCUAGCUGCAGGGUGUAUCCGUCCUUCUCCCUCCCCCGCUGGCGCAAGGUUCUUCUUUGUGGAGAAAGACAAAACCCUGCGCCCAUGCAUCAACUACCGGGGCCUCAAUGACAUCAUCAACCUCGGCCUUCGAGCCGCUCCAGGGAGCCACCGUUUUCACCAAGUUGGACCUGCGGUACGCCUACCACCUGGUGCGGAUACAGGAAGGGGACAAGUGGAAGACUGCCUUCAACACGGCCAGUGGUCACUACGAAUACUUGGCCAUGCCACUUGGCAUUACCAACGCCCAAGCUGUGUUCCAGGCCCUGGUUAAUGACGUUCUCCGCAACAUGUUGAACCGGUUUGUCUUCAUGUACCUCGACGACAUCCUCAUUUUCUCCCACUCAGCCCAAGAACAUGUUCUCCACGUCUUCCAGCGCCUCCUGGAGAACCAGCUUUUUGUGAAAGCGAAGAAAUGCAAAUUCCAUCCCUUUCCUUGGUUACAUCAUUGCUGCAGGGAAUGUACAGAUGUAUCCCGGGACGGUGAGAGUGGCCCCAGCCUACGUCCAGAGUGCAGCUGCAACAUUUCCUGGGAUAUGUCAACUUAUAUUGCCUCUUUAUCCAGGGUUAUAGCACCCUGGAUUCCUCCCUGUCUACUCUCACCUCUCCCAAGGUUCCGUUCACGUGGUCCCCUGCUGCUGACUGGGGGUUCUGGAACCUCAAGUACUGCUUCACCACUGCUCCCAUAUUGGUUCAUCCUGACCCGUCCCGUCAAUUCGUGAUGGAGGUCGAUGCUUCGGAUGUCGGAGUGGGGGUUGUCCUAUUCCAGUGUUCUGCCCUGGACCUCAAGUUACAUCCCUGUGCCUUCUCCCAUCGCCUCAACACCAAGGAGAGGAAUUACGAUGUGGGAAAUCGUGAGCUUCUCGUGGUGAAGAUGGCGUUGGAGGAGUGGAGACACUGGUUGGAGGGGCGGAACAUCCGUUCAUUGUGUGGACGGAUCACAAGAACCUGAAAUAUCUCCGCACCGCCAAGCGUCUCAAUUUCAGGCAAGGUAGGUGGGCCCUGCUUUUCACCCGGUUUAACCUCUCCCUCUCCUACUGACUGGGAUCCAAGAAUAUCAAGCCGGAUGCGAUGUCAUGCCGCUAUAACCCCACUGCUACACCCUCGGACCCUGAGACCAUCCUUCCCACCUCGUGCCUGGCAAGAGUACUCAGCUGGGGAAUAAGGAAGCAGGUCUGUGAGGCACAGCGUUCCUAGCCGAAUUCCGGGAGGCCCAGAUAAAUGGAUGUUUGUUCCUGACGCUGCCCCCCCCCUUGGUCCUGGAGUGGGCCCACUCCUCCAGGCUUACCUUACACCCGGGCUCCCGACGGACCCUGGCCUUUGUGCAGCAACGCUUUUGGUGGCCUAACAUGGUUCCGAAUGUCUCCGAGUUUGUCGCCACCUGCACGAUCUGUGCACAAAGCAAGACUCCUCUGCAAGCUCCGGCUGGUAUCCCUCAACCACUGCCUGUCCCUCACAGUCCCUGGACUUCUAUCCCCCGUCUGAUGGCAACAACACCAUCCUGACUGUAGUGGAUCGGUUUUCCAAAGCCGCCCAUUUGUUUCUUUCCCCAAGCUACCCUCUGCCAAAGAGACAGACCAGCUCAUGGUGCAGCACGUCUUGCGGAUCCAUGGACUCACGGUGGACAUGGUCUCCAACCGGGGUCCUCAGUUCUCGUCCCUGUUCUGGAAGGCCUUCUGCACACUCAUUGGGUCAUCGACCAGCCUGUCCACCGGGCUCCACCCUCAGUCCAACGGCCAGUUGGAGAGAGACAAUCAAGACCUGGAGACAACUCUUCACUGCCUUGUCUCCGACAACCCCACCACCGGGAGCCAGCAACUCAUGUGGGUUGAAUACGCCCGCAACACCCCUGCUGUUCAUCUUCUGUUAACCCGUACCCUCCGUAUACAUCCCACUUUUCAUGUCUAGAAUUAAACCUAUGUCCCACAACCCACAGUUUCCUGUUUCCAGGCACACCCCUCUCCCCCGUCUCAUCAAGGCCACUCCUGAAUGUUCGACCACGGGGCAGGGGAUUCCAGUACCUGGAGGGUUAUGGCCUGGAAGAGAGGUGCUGGGUCCCCGCUAGGGACAUCCUGGACCCAGGCCUCAUCGAUGAGUUCCAACGCCGGUACCCGGGGCAACCAGGUCUGCACCCAGGUAGGAUGCCAGGUGUCGCCCCUAGAGGGGGGGGUACUGUCACACCCUGAUCUGUUUCACCUGUCUUUGUGCUUGUUUCCACCCCCCUCCAGGUGUCGCCCAUCGUCCCCAUUAUCCCCAGUGUAUUUAUACCUGUGUUCUCUGUUGCCAGUUCGUUUUGUUUCAUCAAGCCUAACCAGCGUUUUCCCCGUGCUUCUGUCUUUCUCUAGUUCCUGUUUUCUAGUUUUAUCUUUUCACUGCAUCACUGCAUCGAGAUUUAGGGAAUUAUUACUUUAAAAAGUAACAGCGGCGGUAAAACGGUAUGGAUCACCCCCCACGGUUCAGCACCCAUGUGAACCGCCGAUCAAUUGCAGUUUUACCGCCGCUGUUACUUUUUAAAGUAAUAAUUCCCUAAAUCUCGAUGCAGUGAAAAGAUAAAGACAAGACAGAUAGAUGCGUGCUGUGUUCUACUCUGACGAAUGAAGGUUGAUUUGAUUUUUUUUAAGCAGUUGCCUGUACUGUUCAUGUGAACGGGACAUGUUGAAUCCCAACGAAUCAAUCCUGGAUGCUCGCGUUGCAAAGAAGACUAAAGAGCAGUGACAGUGACAGUGAAGCUGAAGAACUGGAAAAGCCUCUCGCUUCAUUCAAGUCUCAUGUAUGGGAGCAUUUUGGCUUCCCUGUCAAAUAUGAUGAUGGAAGAAGGGUGGUGGACAACACCAUUAUGGUGUGUAGGCAUUGUGCCACAAGAACGCGGUAUGAUAUUGGCCACACAUUUAAAGCGUAACGUGGGGGUUCAUCCUUACGGAUCACGGAUCAACUACGGUCCGUUGCACCACUAGUCUGAACACUUAUGUAAAUAUGAUAUUUCCAUUUUUUAUUUUUAAUACAUUUGAAAAAAAUUCGUAAAACCUGUUUUUACUUUCUCAUUAUGGGGCAUUGCGUGUAGAUUGAUGGGGACAAUGUUUUAUUUAAUCAAUUUUAGAAUAAAACUGUAACGUAACAAAAUGUGUAAAAGGUGAAAGGGUCUGAAUACUUUCCAAAUGCACUGUAUUAAUGUCUUUUGAAAAGAAGGAGUUUUCUGGGAAUUUUCUUAGUGAAGUGAAACUGCCCCAUGAUGCUCUCAACCACUAGACUUGUUGCGCCCUGAUGACAGCACAAAAUAGCCCUAUUAGAUUAUGAAUAAUUUGUGGGGCUGGGGUGCAGCCCCAUAUUACAAGACAAUGGACACACCUUUAUUCCUCUCUCCUCACCUCUCCUCUCUUUAUCUUGUCUCUUCUUCCCUAUCCUCACAUCUCUUCUACCUCUCAUUGAGUUGCAUAAUUAUACAGAAUACAAGAAUGAACGGAACUUAAUUCUUGAAUUUGAUUAAACACAUGCAUUGAGAGAACUACCCCAACCCUGCAUUCUAGAUUAUUAGGCUUGAUUACCUGUCUGAGUGUUCCAUGGUGCAGAGUAGAGACCUGGUGACAUGUGUAACUUUACAGGUUAUAUGAUGACAGAGUAAUAUCUCUCCAUUAGAGACUUCCUGUAGUAAUAUUUUUGUAAGGUCUGUCCCAAAUGGCACCCUAUUCCAUUGUGCACUACUUUUGACCAGAGCACUAGAUAGUGCACUACUUUUGACCAAAGUCCUUGCCCUGGUCAAAACUAGUGCACUAUGUAGGAGUGGAGUGUCAUUUGGGACUAAAACAAUAUCUCUGACUGAUAAUUAUGGAGUGAUGAUAAAAAGGGAGAGGGGAGGGGUGAGGGGAAGGAGAUGAGGAAACACUUGCAAUGUGUAGGAAUAUAAAUGCUUGCGCAUGUAGCAUCGGUCAGACAAACAAGUAGCCUACCAACUUCAGCAUCACUCAAGAGUCACUGGACACAGCACCGACACAAAAAUUAACUGGGACAUGACUUCUACCCUCUACCUCUCACUCCUCUCCGUGCUCGUGGUGAUGGUAGUUAACGGGAGUCCCGUGCCCAGCGCGCCAGUUUGGACCUCUGGAGAGGAGUUCGCGGUAGAAUCGUUCUCCGGUGAACCGGGCGCGCCGCCGAUAUGGGAGAACGUGAUCAAGGUGAUCAAACUGCUCGUUCAGGAAGUGAUCAACUUCCGAGACCAACAGUUUGUGGAGGAGUUUCAGAAGCCAGUGGAAGAGAUGUCAUCAUUCAUACAGUACCAGGUCCCUUCAAUCCCCACACACCUCUCCAAGACCCCCUGCUCCCCCUCAAACUACAACAAGGAGGCAUGUCUGCAGAAAAUCAAUCAUGGCCUGCAGGUGUACCAUGUUCUUCUCCAGCACGUUAAGGCUGAAUAUCCACAAUCCACCCUGCUCCCCUAUGUCAUGCACCAGACUACUGUCUUGAUAGGCCUGUUCAAAGACAAGAUGAAGCCUGCUGAGGUAGUAGAGGACCUGUCUGCCAGUGAGAGGGAGCGUGUGCUGGGUGAGGUGUCUACAGGGAUAGAGUGGGAGAGGAAGACCAGCGUUCACGCCAUCCUUAGGGAACUACGUCACUUCCUGGUCGACACCAAGACAGCCCCGCGCAUGGAGAAGAGGGGCGAAGGCUGCCAGUAACCAUGACAUCACUAUGGUGGGCAGAGGGGUGUUAGAUCAGGCUUGGAGUAAAAACCUGCACUGAUGUCUUAUUCUCUGAAUCAGCUGUUUAUUUUUAUUUAUUGAAUGUAAUACUUGACUGAACUUCAAAACAAAGUUAUUUAUAUAUUUAUUCAUGUAUUUAUGGUUGAGAUGAAACAUGUAUUGAAUUUAUUUAAUCUGAUUAAUUUAUUUGAUCUCGAGCAGCUUUGUGCCUCUUGUACCCAACUUUCGAGAAACUUGUUAUAAAAAUACAUAUUUAUAUAUUUUUUAUAAAAAGUGUUAUUUAUUUUCACACAAAUGGA